AUGGCUGAAGAGGAAACGAAAAAACAGUUGACCAAGAAGCAAUUAAAAGCUUUAGAAUCGAGAAAAUCGAAAAAAGAUAGAGAAAAAACAAAAGAACUGAAGAGAUCAGUCGCUGACGAGCCUGCCCCAAGAACAAAUGCUGAUGGCGAACCAGCCAAGAAGAAGAGAAAAACACGUCGUGGCCAUGGCGGCAAAGGUAAGAGUGGAUCACAAAGUAAAAAUAGAUUUAUCAUUUUUGUUGGCAGUUUACCGAAGGACAUCACAGCUACUGAAUUACAGACACAUUUCAAAUCUAGUUCACCUGAUUUCAUCAGAUUGAGAAGUGAUAAAGGUAUUGCAUUUUUGGAAUUUGACACCGAGAAGGAUCUAAGUAACAUUCAGAGAAGAAUGGAUGUUGCUUUAUUACAGCAUAGAACAACAAUUAGAGAUAAAACCAUUAAUGUUGAAUUAACAGUUGGUGGCGGUGGUAACUCUAAGGAUCGUCUUGAAAAAUUACAAAAGAAAAAUGAAAAACUUGAUGUUGAAAGACAAGAAAGAGUACGUAAAAUGAUUAAAGAUAGUGCGAAAAAAGCAGAAUCUAAGAAUACUAGUAAUAAUAAUAAUAGCAGUAGUAAUGAAAAUGCACCAAAGACUACUAAUGGUAUACAUCCUGAUAGAUUAAAACUAAUUAAAUAA